AUGCAUCGUCUUUUUGCUGAGCUGGAGCCAUCUUUAACCGUCACAGAGCAAAACCUGGCAGACCGAGUUCGGUAUAUCUUGCGCUCAAAUAUAUUUGAUGUCGCCGAACUCGAACGGCUACGACGUGAGGCUGUUCCCUCGUCGGAUGAGAAUGCUACGGCGCCACAAAUGGUAGAGCAACCCGCAAACGUGGAUGCCGCCGUGAAUACCCCAGUUGUGGUUGAUUCAAACGAUGAUGGAAUAGUCGCCCAGGAACUGGAAUUAGAGCAUAUGAGGAGUAUAUUGGAAGAGGUAAUUGUGGAAACGCGCAGUACGCCUCUCGAAAAUCGACCGCGACUUCCCCGCAUAGCCCUAAGCAAGCGAAAUCGGGCUGUCGUGAGGGCUCUGAACCCAAUGCUGGUGACCUAUUUGGAAGCCAGCCGGGACCUUUGCGAGACGGACUCAAUUCUUUUUGGCGCCGUACUGGCCGUCUACCGUAUUAUAGACGCCAAAGGUUUCCACGGCUGGACGCGCUACUGGCCAUAG